GUCGACUUUUUCACUAAAUGAUUAUAUUUAGUUGGAGAAAGGUAAGAGUUGAAAACCCGUGAAUACAUGGGAACAAGUUGCUGCGAGCAAGGCUGGUGAACAACCUGUGUAUAUCUCCCCGGUCGAUAUACGUUGCCUCGCUCUCUACAAACACACCAAUCGAGUUCUGACUUGUUUACAUUGAAUGGUAUAUAUAAUGGCGGCCCGGCGGAGAGGGACAUGGGUUUGUUUGGUUAGCGUUCCUUACACUAUGUAGGUAAUGAGGUUUGCGCAUGAUCAAUAAUUACAGAUAUGGGCACUCCCACCGACCAGGACAGUCAUGUACAAGCAGUCCUACGCUCUAUCCUCAACCAUGAAGACAGCACAAAUCUCCGAAACUUAAUAGACAAGUGUUCCCUGGGAGCUCUGCUAUCAUGGCGUGAUAGCAGUGACCUUGACCUUCUUCACCAUGCAAUACUGACCAACAACGUAGUGGCAGUCGGUACAUUGUUCUCCAGAGGUCUGUUCAAGACGCCACACGAACCUGGCCGUCACCCCUACCUCCACCUUGCGUGCCAUCUUGGAUACAAGUCGCUCCUCAUCAUGCUGCUUCAGGAGAGAGCAGACGACAACAAACCAGCGCUGUUUCACUUUCCAGGAGACAAAAGUCAUAGCGUAAACAGUGUAGACGCAGAUCAUGAACAGAAGAAAUGUACGCCCCUGGACGUGGCGUCAGAGGCUGGUCACCUCAUGUGUGUGAAAGCAAUUUUGGAUUUCUGUCAGACAGGAAGCAAACCAACCAGCAAACUCAAAUCCGAGAGCUAUACAGAUCUUGCGUGUAAACUGGACUCUCCCAGUGCCCUUCGCUUACUGCUGUGUGAGAAUCCCUCUCAAGCUGAUCUACAAAAAGCAGUUGCUCUUGCGCUCAAGAUGGCCCGGCCAGAGUGUCUAGACGCACUGCUUCGUUAUGACAUUGAUCAAAAGGUUGUGUUUGGCGGGAUGAAUUUCUUCCAUGUACUGUUCAAGUAUAGCUAUUCCUUUGACAAAUCAUGGUACGAGUCUCUCGUGACAGUGACGUCAGUGUUGUUGCGCCAUGGGCAGUCGGUUCACGCGUUUCAUCCGUCCAGGACGUUUCCUCUCUACAGCCUACUGAGUCACACCCACUUCCACGAUCUCGAGCGAUCAGCACCAUAUCGAAUAGCUUGUCUGCUGCUUCUGUUAAAUUCCGGAGCGGAUCCCAAUUUUGAUGAAAUAAAAAUAGAGGAGCUUGUGAAUGAAAAUGAAUAUGAAACUGCGUUCGGAAGAAAAGCCUACCCAUCUGCACUUCACAGUCUUUUUGAUACUCUGUCCACAUAUGUAGCCGAUGACUGUGAACUGGACACCAUCUAUAAGUUUUUGUACAAAAGUACAGAGAUCCUCUUGAAUCACGGAGCAGACGUCAACUACAUUGGGGACACUGGACAGAACCGGUACGGGACCAGUCUCCACGCUCUAGCAGACACAAGCAGACAUCUUGGUUUCCACAAGCAGACGUUGCUUCUGCUUCUGCGUCAUGGCGCGGAUCCGAACAUACACACGGAUUGCUUGCCGUUGAACUACUUCUGUGAAGUUUUCUAUGGCGACGUUACGACCUCGACCAAAGACACAACCUUCCAGAAACUAGCAGACAGCAGACGACUGGGACCUUUAUUGAAAGGGAUGACGCUGAAAUCUCUACAGGAAUCUGAACAAUAUAUCAGACAGCUGAAAGAUGACGUGGAGAAGAAUUCACGUGGGAGUGCCUGUUUGGGCGUGGUAUUGGAGGAGAUAGAGACCUAUACUACACAUGUAUGGAGCUUGAAAAGAUCCUGUAUGCAAAUAAUAUGGGCUCAAACUGGCAGAAAGUUCUUAAACGUUGGUUAUCUCCCCUUACCGUUAGCUUUGAAGACUGAAAUACUCGCGGAGGUGAUGUAAAUAUAUACAAGUAUAUAUCAGUUUUCAAGUAAUAUCACAAAUUUAAAAAGUUCAGUUUACAAGAGAUGUCAUGGAAUUUGGUUGCAUUAUAUUUAGUCACAGUCCUGGUUUCCUGGUUUCACGCUUAACACGACAAAGUCGUUGUUAGCAGACUGUCUGCGUGUAUUCUCGGACCAGACGUGCCUAUUGUUUGUCAUAUGUGUUCUAUUGUCAUGUAUUGGAUGGUCAUGAACUGUUACAAAGCAACAAUUUUACCAUUCUCCGCUAUACUCCGAUCACAUUUCAUGCGGGGCGGAGGGGUAGCCUAGUUGUUAAAGAGUUCGCUCGUCACGCUCAACACCUGGGUUCGAUUCCCCACAUGGGUACAAUGUGUGAAGCCCAUUUCUGGAGUCCCCCGCCAUGAUAUUGCUGGAAUAUUGCUAGAAGCGGCGUAAAGCCAUACUCACACACUCACUCAUUAUUAUGCAAGCUAUAAAACAUGUUUUUCGGAGCACUAAGCACGAAUAUCUUGGUUUUGGGCACAAGGGAAAAUCCUGUAAGAUAUCAUCGAAUUCAUUAUAUGAAAUCACUCAUCAUGACAUACCCUAUUUUUCCAAAGAUAAAUUGUAAGAUACAACGUCUAACUGAAUACAUUAAACACAAUGAUCGUUU